AUGAUAUCACUUUUCAGUUACCUGACACUGGCUGUCUUGCCAGCAGCCACUUUGGCUCUUCCAUACCCUUUCAACAUUGCAGCACGCACCCCAGCCCAGCAUAACCUGACCUCUACCAGCAUUAUCACCCAACUUGGCCCAAUGCUGUCCUCUGACGCUGCAAUCUACGCACACAACGACGACCGGUGGGAAAACGCAACGUCUCGCUGGCAGUCCUAUUCCAGCCCUGAUUUUACUGUUGUCGUGGAGGCUGGGACCGAAAGCGAUGUGCCCGUUAUUGUCAAGUACGCCAAUUCCUAUGGUAUUCCCUUCCUUGCAGUCAACACCGGCCACGGCGCCCCAAAGUCUCUGGGCACUCUGCGCAAUGGUAUCGAGAUUUCCAUGCGGCAGCUGAACGAGAUCACCAUCGCCCAAGACGGAGAAUCCGCAUUCUUCGGCGGCGGUGUCUACAGUGAGCAGGUUAUCCGUACUCUCUGGGACGAAGGAUAUGUUGCUGGCACCGGCAGCUGCGCGUGCGUAGGCAUUAUCGGCCCAACCCUCGGCGGAGGCCACGGCCGGUACCAAGGCUUCUACGGGCUGAUAAUCGACAUGUUGAUUUCGAUGAACGUGGUUCUGGCCGAUGGGUCGACAGUGACUGUGUCUAAUAGCUCACACCCAGACCUCUGGUGGGCGAUGCGCGGUGCAGGACAUAACUUUGGCAUUGUGACCAGCUUCGAGGCUGAUAUCCACCCGCGCACGGUGGACGAGUGGUAUAUCCACCGGUUUGUCUUUACGCAGGAUAAACUGGAGGCGGUGUUUGAGAUUGUCAAUGCGCAGCAGAUGGAUGAAGAUGCCCCUGUGGAACUGAUGAACUAUGGCGUUUUUACCUGGAAUGCGGAGUUUAGUACAACUGAGCCCAUCCUGGAAUUCUUCAUCCACUAUGUCGGCACCGCCAACGACGCUGCCCCAUUCCUAGAGCCAUACGAAGCCCUCGACCCCGUCGUCUCAACCGGGCAGUACCACCCCUACCCCGAUGUUCCCGAUGCAACAGGCACAGGCGUCCAUAGCCCCAUGUGCCAGCACGGAAAGACCAACAUGCAAUUCCCCUUUGGGCUGCUCGAGCACAAUAUCACCGCGACCCGGCAGAUCUACGAUUACUUUGCGAAUGUCACGGCCGCGCAGCCGGUGUAUAACCAGUCGAUCGUGGUCUUUGAGGCCUACUCGCUGCAGGGCGUGCAGGCUGUUGAUCCGGCGGAGUCGGCGUUUCCGCAUCGUGCGGAUAGGUUUCUUUGUGAUGUCUUGAUUACCUACGAUCCAGAUAGUUCACUUGAUAACCGGGCCAUCGCUAUCGGAAAGCAGAUCUCUAGACUCUGGGCAGAGGGCCAGCCAGGGCAGGAGGAGCACAUCUAUGUCAACUACGCCUUUGGGGAUGAGCCUCUGGAGCAGGUGUAUGGCUAUGAGCCGUGGCGGCUGGACAGACUGCGUGCUGCCAAGGCGAGAUACGAUCCGAAUAAUAUCUUUCGGUACUAUAACCCUCUUGUGAGGUCUACCUGA